AUGUCUGCCCCCCAGGAUGCUCCCCCCGGCUGGGCCGUUAUUGCCUCCUCCUCGCGCCCGGGGAAGUACUACUACCUGAACAAGGCCACCGGCGCCACGCAGUGGGAGUACCCGACGCAGGCGGCGGCCGCCGCCGCCGCCGCCGCCGCCGCCGGGCCCGCCCAGCCGGCCGCCGCCAAAGUCCGCGCAAGCCACCUGCUGGUGAAGCACCGCGACAGCCGCCGGCCCUCCAGCUGGAAGGAGAGCGUCAUCACCCGCUCCAAGGAGGAGGCCCUGGACCUGAUCCGCUAUUAUCAGAAGGAGAUUACCGAGGGUCGCGCUACUCUCGCCACCCUGGCUACCACCGAGAGUGACUGCUCGUCGGCCUCGCGCGGCGGUGACCUCGGCUUCUUCGGCCCGGGCGAUAUGCAGCAAGCCUUCGAGGUUGCCACCUACAAGCUGAGUGUCGGCGAGAUCAGCGACCCCAUCUUCACCGACAGUGGCAUCCACCUCAUCCAGCGCACUGCCUAGGGGGAUCUCCGGCCUGGCGCCGGGCACGCCUGCCGCUUGCGCGUCCCCCCUGCUGGCACGGGCACAUGAAUGACCUAUUUUGCUCCCGCCCCCAAUCAUAAAUCCACAAAAGGUGA